UAUACCUUCAAAAGAAAACAAGAAGAAAAACAUUAUAUUAGAAGGGUUAAAAGCAAUACUUCAGCUUUGGUGUCAGUUUAUUUGCUCGGCUUUUAACUGUGACAACCUACUUUUUGUAGAAAUAGUUUUUCUGUAGCUGUGCCAGAAUGUAGGUUGGGAACUUUGCACUAAUGUGACGCUAGCCUUGCCUGUUGUGCUCUUAUAAUACUCUGUGAGCUUCCACUGCAUGAGCGUGUGAAACUCUGUGAUUCACAGUCUGGCUGAAAGGACAUAAACAACUUGGAAAGCUUUCACUGUCUUUUUUCACUAUUAGAAAAGGCUUUUACUGCUGCUGUCUGGACACAAUGCCAACCUUUGAUGAACUGUUAGUGGACAUAGGAGAGCUUGGGCCAUAUCAGAAAAGGGUUUUCCUUCUAGGAUGCAUUCCGGGGAUUCUGUUUGCUUUUAGUUUUGUUGGGAUUGUUUUCCUAGGGAACACUCCGGAGCACUGGUGUCGAAACCCCAAAGUGGAGGGGCUCAAGGAAAAGUGUGGUUGGUCCAAGGAGGAACUGAAGAACUACACAAUCCCACGAAGUGACAAGGGGUCCUUCAGCCAGUGUGAGAGGUUCGAUGUGGACUGGAACAGCACUGAUCUCACCUGCAGCAGCCCUGUAGGAUUCAUCAUUGCUAACUCCUCACAGAAAAUUCCCCUCACUGCAUGCAAUGAAGGCUGGGAGUUUGACGGAUCUCGCUCUACUAUCGUCAGUGAGUAUGAACUUGUUUGUGAAGAUGCAUGGAAGGCAGACCUCAACCAAGCUUUCCUGAAUAUGGGUUAUCUGUUAGGAGCUAUAGUCAUUGGAUAUGGGGCAGACAGGUUUGGUCGAAAGGUGUGUUUCCUUUUCUCUAUUUUUGGACUAGCUCUUUCUGGUGUAGGAACAAUCUUUUCCCCAAACUACACUGCUAUAUUGGUCUUCCGAGCAAUCCAAGGAAUCUUUGGGAAAGGAGCAUGGAUGACUUCAUAUGUGCUAGUUACAGAAAUAGUCAGCUCCCGUUACAGGAGGCUGGUGGGAAUUGUUGCUCAGCUAUUUUUCACCAUUGGAGUUAUAAUCCUGCCAGGAAUUGCUUAUCUCAUCCCCUCUUGGAAGAUAUUACAACUUGUCAUAACGUUGCCGUGCUCCAUCUUAUUACUGUACUAUUGGUUUAUUCCAGAAUCUCCAAGAUGGUUGCUGACGCUUAACAGAACCAAAGAAGCUAUGGAAAUUGCUGAGCACAUUGCCAAGCGAAAUGGUAGGAAUCUUCCUGAGAAGUACCGUGAGAUGGAACUUUCAGAGCCUGUCCCUGAGAGGGCAUAUAAUCCAUCCCCCCUAGAUGUGUUUAGGACACCACAUUUAAGGAAAUUUACAUUUAUACUAAUGUAUGCCUGGUUUGCGAGUUCAGUGGUCUACCAAGGGCUAGUCAUGCGUAUUGGAAUAAUCAAGGGAAACUUAUACUUGGAAUUCUUCAUCUCUGGAAUUGUAGAGCUUCCUUCAGCAUUGAUAUUUUACCUGACUAUUGAUAGAAUUGGAAGAAGAAUUCCAUUUGUUUUAUCCAACAUUGUUGGAGGAUUGUCUUGUUUAAUAACAGCUUUUAUACCAACUGACAUGACAUGGCUAAAGACAUUCAUAGCAGUAAUUGGAAGGCUUGGGAUAACACUUGGUUAUGAGAUUGUGUACAUUGUCAGCACUGAGCUCUAUCCCACUCCUUUAAGGAACAUUGGAUUAUCUUUAACCUCUUCGCUAAGUGAUGUGGGAGGAAUUGUAGCCCCCUUCUUGCUAUACAGGUUAGCAAGUUUUUGGAUAGAGCUACCAAUGUUAUUAUAUGGAGUCAUGGCCUUGGUCUAUGGAGGUUUGGUGCUUCUUUUACCUGAAACAAAAGGCAUUGACCUACCAGAGACCACUGAGGAUGUGGAGGCUCUGGGAAAGGACACAAAAGUCAUAGGUGGCCUGAAAUGGUCGUGUCUACAGAAGGGAUUGCCUGACCACAAAGAAAUACAAAAUUGUGCAACACAGCUGACUUGUUCCUCAUCUCAGAUAAGGAAAUAAUUGUAUUGAUAGAGAAAUACUGGAUAGUGGUGUGAAGUAUCCCAUUGGCAACCUGUAUUUGAUUUAAGUUCAAGUAGAUAGCUGUGUCAGCAUUCACAGGCUGCAAAGGAACAAGUAGAGGUUUAUUCCAUGCCUAAAAGAAAAGAGACAAU